AUGAUAAAAAUAGCUACCUCAUCCGCAAAAGGGAUCAUCCCAGGCCCUGAUAAACCUUGCUAUGUUGCAGGCAAUUAUUCAAUUCCGCAAUCUUCAAGACUAAACCCCGACAUUGAAUGCGUUGAAGGCCCUCAAGCUUUUCCGCCUAUACCAGACUUAAAGUAUCAGGGAACGACAUAUUCCUCCAUUGAUUAUCAUCAAUCAGAUAAAAGCUGGGUUCCGGUCCCUUUUGCGCUUCAAAAUUUAUCACCCUCGAAGAACCUUCCUAAAGACACCGCCCUGGACAAGCUAUCAAUCUAUAUGACACUCUAUGGGAGCAUGAUUGUCGGUUUACGUAGCAUUGGGCCCAGGGCUCCCAAAGGUGCUAUCUCACAAAUGAAAGCCCUCAUAGAGUUUUUGUCAUUGAACGUUGCGGUGGUCCAGCAGGAUAUCCCACGGGUCAAAACUCAACUCGCAUCAGUCUUGAGCAAAUGUCCUAACUGCAGUGUUAAAGAUAAAUACGAUGUGAUCAUGUUUGCCUCUUCGACAGGAAUUGAUCCAGAGAAGUUCUUUUUGGAGCUAGAAGGAUCAGGUUGUAAUUCAAGGGCAAAAUGUGCUGAUUUACAAAAAGCCGAAUCAAAUAGAAUAAAAUCCAAGAAUAGUGCUGUCUUGAGCACUUUCUUACUUAGCUCUGGUGCUCCUAGCUGUAGAUUUAACUUUGAUCAUUCAAAGUACUUUUUCGUUUUCAUGAUUCCCAUUCUGGCCUUGGUAGUUUGA